AUGCAACUGGGAGAGCCGCUGCUGGCGGCGGCGGGGGGGCCUCUGCCGGGCACCCCCUUCUACCCUCUGGAAGGCGGCGGGGCCGGGACCGGAGCGGGCGGCGGGUCGGGUGCUGGUACCGGUUCCCGCGGGCCGCCUCCUCGGCCGGGCUCGCCGCCGCGCCUCGACCUGGACAAGACGCCCAAGAAGUUCGGGACUGGUCCCGCCAUGCUGGGCGAGGCGGAGGCGGGCGAGCCGCCCUUCGCCGCCCCCAAGCCGGACGGCCGCAAGGCCACCCCCUGCGGGGAGGAGGAGCUGCCCCCGGCCGCCGCCGCCCGCUACUCCAUGGACAGCCUGAGCCCCGAGCGCUACUACCUGCAGUCCCCCGGCCCCCCAGGGGCCGAGCUGGGGGGCCCCUGCGCCCUUUUCCCCUACGCGCCGGCGGCCCAGCACGGAGCCGUCUACCAGGCACCGGGAGGGCCGCGCUACCCCUACGGCUCGGUGCUGUCGCCCGGUGGCUUCGCGGGCGCCGUCUGCCCUCCCGGCGGCCGGCCGCAGUUCGGCGGCAGCAGCGGGUACCAAUACGGGCAGGCGGCGGCCGGCGGACCCCUCUACGGCCCGUACCCGGCGGCGUCGGGCUCUUGUGGAGGGCUUGGGGGGCUGGGAGUGCCAACCCCUGGGCCAGGGCUGCGGGCGCAGGUCUUCCUCUGCAAUCGACCUCUCUGGCUCAAGUUUCACCGGCACCAGACGGAGAUGAUCAUCACCAAGCAGGGCCGAAGGAUGUUUCCGUUCCUGAGCUUUAACAUCACCGGUCUCAACCCCACGGCCCACUAUAACGUUUUCGUGGAGGUGGUACUGGCGGACCCCAAUCACUGGCGUUUCCAGGGGGGAAAGUGGGUGACCUGCGGCAAAGCCGACAAUAACAUGCAAGGCAACAAGGUGUACGUUCACCCCGAGUCGCCCAACACCGGGGCUCACUGGAUGAGGCAGGAAAUAUCUUUCGGGAAACUGAAGCUAACGAACAAUAAAGGCGCCAACAGCAACAACGCUCAGAUGAUAGUACUGCAAUCUCUACACAAGUACCAGCCCCGGCUUCACAUUGUGGAAGUGACUGAAGAUGGUGUUGAAGAUCUGAAUGAUUCUUCAAAGACCCAAACAUUUAUUUUCCCUGAAACACAGUUCAUAGCAGUUACAGCAUAUCAAAACACUGAUAUUACGCAGCUCAAAAUCGACCAUAAUCCUUUUGCAAAAGGCUUCAGAGACAACUAUGACUCCAUGUACACAGCUUCAGAAAAUGACAGAUUAACUCCAUCUCCCACGGAUUCUCCUAGAUCCCACCAGAUCGUCCCUGGUGCCAGAUACAGCGUGCAACCCUUCUUCCAAGAACAGUUUGUCAACAACCUGCCCCCGGCCAGGUUUUACAACGGUGAGAGAACAGUCCCCCAGACGAAUGGCUUGCUCUCCCCCCAGCAGAGUGAAGAAGUGGCCAGCCCUCCUCAGCGGUGGUUUGUUACACCUGUACAGCAGCCCAGUGCCAACAAGCUGGACAUGAACUCCUAUGAGACAGAGUAUUCUCCCAGCACCUUGCUCCCUUAUGGCAUUAAAUCCCUCCCCCUUCAGACAUCCCAUGCGUUGGGAUACUACCCUGACCCGACAUUUCCAUCCAUGGCAGGCUGGGGGAGCAGGGGCUCUUACCAGAGAAAAAUGACAACAGGAUUACCUUGGACCUCCAGAACAAGCCCUCCAGGUUUCUCUGAAGACCCGCUUUCCAAGGAGAAGGUGAAAGAAGAAAUCGGCUCAUCCUGGAUAGAGACUCCACCCUCCAUAAAGUCUCUAGAUUCAAAUGAUUCUGGGGUCUACACGGGUGCUUGUAAGAGAAGAAGGCUCUCCCCUAGCACUUCUAGCAAUGAAAAUUCCCCGACUAUGAAAUGUGAGGACAUUAAUGCUGAGGACUAUAGCAAAGACAGUUCAAAAGGCAUGGGCUACUACGCAUUCUACACUAGUUCUUAA